AUGCAUCAGCCUCGCCGUAAAAAGCCGUCAUUCUCGUCCUCGCUUCUCGACUCCAUUUAUCAGUCCAUCGACGAAUCUAAAGGUGGAAAAGAACAACAAAAAAUCAAAGAUUUUGAUCUCCACAGGAAAAACAAUGCUACACAAGCUGAAAAUGAAAUUGAAAGUUUUCGACGAGCAAUCAUGAUCGAAAAAUGGAUGGAGAAUUACAGCAGCAGUAGCAGCGCUCCAACUCCAAGGCAUUUCGCAUCGAAUUCUGGCUCAUCGACGGAUUCGAGCAUCUUUUCUUCAUCUUCCAAAUCCACACCAAAAUCAUCAGUUGUUUCCAUUGACCAGAAACUGAAACAAAAACAAGAUCAAGUACCUGUCAUAGAGAAACCUGGUAAGAUUUUACAGUAUGAGAAUACAACAAAUCGACAAGAUAGAUUCGCGAAAACCAAAUUACGAGCAUUGAAGAUUUACGGAGACUUGAAGAAGGUGAAAGAGCCCAUUUCACCAGGCCGUAAACUUACAAACUUUUUAAACUCCAUUUUCAGCCCAAGAAAGUUGAAGAAAAAUCAGGUUAUGGAGGAAUGGAGUUCAGUGAGGAAGUCCAGAUCAGUGAAAGACACAACAACAUGUUCACUGGCUUCAAGAUCUUGCUUAAGGCAAACACCAUCUUCAUCAAGAGGUAAUAAAUCCAAGAGGUCUGUUAGAUUUGGUCCUGUUAGUGAGGUUGUAGACGAAGAUUCUCCACACGUUACGAACAGUUAUCUCUCGAGCACAGGUUUAAGUUCAACACGAGCACGUGGACGGAAAAGUAUAUAUGAUUAUGAUUAUUCAAGUGCUGCACCAAUUCCAAAUGUUGGCAGCCAAUUCAUCAAGAAGAACAUUGAGAGUUUGAGACUUCAAGAGGUGAAGAAUUUGAGUAAACAUGGAUUCAGAGAACAAUUUUAUGAGAAUGAGAGUGAUUUGGAUAAUAAGAGUUGUACUAGUUCUGAUCUAUUUGAGCUUGAUCACACUGUCAGGGUUGGAAUUGGAGCAUAUGAACAAGAAUUGCCAGUGUAUGGAACCACAAGUCUUAAGGCAAUUGCUAGUGGAUUUGUUAUGUAG